AUGGUGCCGCCAACUCCGGAUCAUCAGCUAGUCAAUUCCUUAGAGAAGCACGCUGCUAUACCCGAAGACUAUUCAUCGUUGUUACCAUCGGAUACUGCUACACUUAAAGACAUCAUUGACUUCGUCAUUCCGCCUGUCUCUGAACGCCGCAUCCUCACCCCAGAUGUUCCCUCAUCCUUAUCCAACUUUCCAGCCUAUCUUGAUCCCUCUUCUGCCUGCACUAUUUUAUUAAAAUUACCCACCGCUGGCGGCAGUGCAGAAGUCAAAAACAAGCUAGCGCGAAAUGGUCAUGUGAGAGAUCAUGUGACCGCAAAACCAACCCCCCCCCAGGGAGGGAUGGUCACCACCGAAGAGAAAAAAAGGGUACUUAUUGUGGAUCUCAUCGUAGCAGGAUUCGAACCCAGCUUCCGUGAGUACAUAUAUGUUAGACAAGUCGGUCGCAAAGACAAGUACACCAUACAAUGUUAA